CAGAGACCCAUACAACUUGCAAUUCCCCUGCAGUGAAUUAAUGAAUUUCCUACAUAAAUGUAGAUAAUUUACAAGUAAAAAGCAGAUAUUCUUCUCAGAAACAGAGUCUUGGGUGUAAUGCAUUCACUUGGACUGGGAGAUUGUAUUGGAUUUUAGAGGACAGGAGACGGAGUUUUAGAUUUUCGUUGUGAUAUUCGUUUUUUUGAUCUGGAGUCCCGGGCUGUGUAGAGUGAGUUAGAUGUUGCAGAUAUACUGAGGUUGAUCGAUCUGGCUUUAAUCAAUUCUGGGAAGUAAUUGCACUUGCGUGACUUCUAUCUUCUCAUCAACUGGAAGGUGGAACUGCUUGCAGUAUGAAAUCCAUGCACUGGGAUGGCUUCUACUGCUGAAGAGGCUGGUUUUAUCCAUGGGUGCUCUUUAUGGCAAUCAUUAAACACGGCUAAGUUAUAGCUUAAACAAGAUAAUUAUUUUGGCUGUGGAAGACCAUAAUCUACAAAUGUUAUUUUAGACAAUGUCUCAGCCAAAGGGAAUUAUAUGGCUGCCUUUCUGUUUCACACCUUUCUGUGUGAUGGUGAAUGUAAAUUUGAUUUUUUGGCUAUCCACUCUGGCGGUAAGAUUUACUUCUAUCAACUGCCAAGCACAGUAUUCAAUAAUAACAACACAUUAUGGAAAAUUGCGUGGUUUAAAAACACCCUUACCCAAUGAGAUCCUUGGUCCAGUGGAACAAUAUCUUGGAGUUCCUUACGCCUCUCCACCAACUGGGGAAAGAAGGUUCCAGCCUCCUGACCCCCCUUCUUCAUGGACUGGCAUCAGGAAUGCCACUCAGUUUGCCGCCGUCUGUCCCCAGUACCUGGAAGACCGUUUUUUACUUAAUGACAUGUUGCCAGUCUGGUUUACAGCCAGUUUGGAUACAGUGGUAAACUAUGUGCAAGACCAAAAUGAAGACUGCCUUUACUUAAACAUCUAUAUUCCCACUGAAGAUGAUAUCCAUGAUGAAAAUGGCUUAAAGCCAGUUAUGGUGUACAUUCAUGGGGGAUCCUACAUGGAAGGCACUGGAAACAUGAUUGAUGGAAGCAUUCUUGCAAGUUAUGGAAAUGUCAUUGUGAUAACCCUGAACUACAGGCUUGGUGUUUUAGGUUUUCUAAGCACAGGUGACCAAGCUGCUAAAGGAAACUAUGGAUUGCUUGACCAAAUCCAGGCUCUGAGAUGGAUCAAAGAAAAUAUUCAAACUUUUAAAGGGGAUCCCAAGAGAGUAACAAUAUUUGGAUCUGGAGCUGGGGCGUCGUGUGUUAGUCUGCUGACACUGUCGCAUUAUUCAGAAGAUCUUUUCCAGAAAGCAAUAAUACAGAGUGGGACUGCAUUGUCAAGCUGGGCGGUUAACUACCAGCCUGCCAAGUACACCAGGAUGUUGGCAGAAAAAGUUGGCUGCAACAUGUUAGAUACUAUUGAUUUGGUUGAGUGCCUCCGAAACAAGAACUACAAAGAGCUCAUAGAGCAAUACAUUACUCCAGCAAAAUACCACAUCGCCUUUGGGCCCGUCAUCGAUGGAGAUGUAAUACCAGAUGACCCACAGAUUUUAAUGGAGCAGGGGGAAUUCCUUAAUUAUGACAUCAUGCUUGGGGUGAACCAAGGAGAAGGAUUUAAAUUUGUUGAUGGCAUCGUGGACAGCGAGGAUGGGGUGUCGGCAAAUGACUUUGAUUUUGCGGUGUCCGAUUUUGUGGAUCAUUUGUAUGGCUAUCCAGAAGGAAAAGAUACCCUUCGGGAAACCAUCAAAUUCAUGUACACCGACUGGGCAGAUAAAGAGAACCCUGAAACGCGCAGGAAGACUCUGGUCGCUUUGUUCACUGAUCACCAAUGGGUGGCUCCUGCAGUUGCCACAGCAGAUCUCCAUGCUCAGUAUGGCUCACCAACAUAUUUCUAUGCUUUUUAUCAUCAUUGUCAGAGCGACAUGAAGCCCAGCUGGGCUGAUUCAGCUCAUGGAGAUGAAGUUCCUUAUGUGUUUGGCAUACCCAUGAUUGGGCCUACAGAUCUCUUCAACUGCAACUUUUCCAAGAAUGAUGUCAUGCUGAGUGCUGUGGUUAUGACCUACUGGACAAACUUUGCCAAAACUGGUGACCCGAACCAACCUGUUCCUCAGGACACAAAAUUCAUCCAUACGAAACCAAACCGAUUUGAAGAGGUAGCGUGGUCCAAAUAUAAUCCAAAGGAUCAACUGUAUCUGCACAUUGGUCUGAAGCCAAGAGUUAGAGACCAUUACCGAGCCACAAAGGUAGCCUUCUGGUUGGAACUUGUGCCGCAUCUGCACAAUCUGAAUGAACUUUUUCAGUAUGUGUCAACCACCACUAAAGUACCUCCACAAGAUACGACUCCAUUUGCAUAUACUAAACGUAUUCAUGGAAAAGUAUGGCCCUCGACUACAAGGCAUCCUGGCAUGACCCAAGCCAACAACCCGAAACAAGCUAAGGAUACUCGGAAAUCAGAGGAGACCACAGUCAUCAUCGAGAACAAGCGUGAUUACUCAACAGAAUUAAGUGUCACCAUAGCUGUGGGGGCAUCUUUGCUAUUUUUAAACAUCUUGGCUUUUGCAGCUUUGUACUACAAGAAGGACAAACGGCGCCACGAGACACACAGGCGUCACAGCCCUCAGAGGAACACCACAAAUGACAUAGCACAUAUUCAGAAUGAAGAGAUUAUGUCUUUGCAGAUGAAACAAUUGGAGCACGAACAUGAAUGUGAAUCUUUGCAGGCUCACGAUACUCUGAGACUCACUUGCCCACCAGACUAUACCCUCACACUGAGAAGAUCGCCUGAUGACAUUCCGCUCAUGACACCUAACACCAUAACCAUGAUUCCAAACACUUUAGCUGGGAUGCAGCCCUUGCACACCUUCAACACCUUCAGUGUCAGUCAAAACAGUACCAACUUACCCCACGGUCAUUCCACCACUCGGGUAUAGUUCAAACAAGGUACUUGCUGGCUUCCAUCCAGAACUGUAAAACUAUACAUAAACAAAAUAACUCAUCACAGAAGUUCAAAUAUUAUUUUGUUACAGCGCCUUCUAUAAAUGAUUAGAGAUUAACUUUAAAAACCUGUGAAAUGUGAAAAGUGAAUGUCACUCCUAAAAUAUUGCUUUGGAUUUCUGCUUUUUAACACAGGGAAUAAACUAAGCUCCAGGCUCAUUUGAUACUCUUCAGAUUACUGACAGAGACACAAAACUACACAGAAAGUAGAUUUCUGUAUGUAGCAAGUGAUUACAAGGUGAUUAACUGCUUUGUAUGUGCCAUUCUCUGUAUGCCAAGGACAUCUAACAAGGGAUUCUCUUGUGAAAUAGUGAAGAUCAUUCACAGAGAGGCGCCAAUGGAAUCAGAUUUAAAAAAGGCCUAUGCAGUCAAAUGGUUUAGUUAUGUGCGAAGUGAAAAAUUGCCAGCCUGAAUUGUAUUUAAGAAACUUUAUAAAAAAAAUAAAUAAAUAAAAUGGAAAAAAAAAAAAUGUAAAUAGUUGUGAGUAAAAAACGAAGAAAGAAAAAGAAAAGCUUUUAUUGUUGUUUUGAGUUUAAAUAUGGCUUUUAGGGAGCUUGUGCUUUCAGUUGUGAUGUGUGUAAAUAUAUUGGUCAGAUCAUCUUUUUAGUCAAAACAAUGGUUCUCUUUAUUGUGUUGAAAAAAGUCAAACUUUGAAAUGUUGCUCAUUUGUUUGAAGGCAUAUAUCCUACAGAUCAUAUACAUUCUUUCAGUGUUAUAUGACCUUUCUUCUUUUCUGAUUACACUUGUUGCAUGUUUAAGUAUUGCUUACAACCUGCAUUUCAGGAAAGGCUUUGUUCCCUAUUAUAAACAAGAGGUAGAUCCUGAGGGAAUAAAUACAGUUUGUUAUCCAAGAUUACGUGCGAUGAGUACAGUAGAAGAAUUGAUUUAUAGGUGUUUGGUUGGCUUUAUAUCUAAAAACCUUAUGUUGUUUUAUUUUUUGUUUUUUGUUUUUUUUCAUGAUCCAUCAUGUGCUGCUUAGUAUAGUUUAAAAUGUAGGCCUUUUUAGCAACCUAAACACUGCCUCAGCUUAAAUAGUAACCAGCAUCUUAAUGGAUAUACAAAAAAGGCAGUUGUUUUUGGCAACGACAUUAGUUGAAUAUGUUUGUACAGAAAUAUAUUUGUUAGGUAUUUCAAAUUGUCAUAUGCUAGCAGUAUGUAAAGUAUUGUGCCAGGCUUGUCAUAUUUUGGGUUUGAAUGAGUUGAAGUGAACCAGGAAUCCAGAUUUUUAAUUAUGCAUCCUUAAAACAAAGUCUAUUAGAAGAUCAUUGAAAUACAUUUGGAAAUUCAAGCAAAGAUGCCUAAUUUGGCCUUAGAUCCUUUACCUGAAAAGGCACGCAGGGUUUUAAUGUAGGAUAUUAAACUAUAUUGUUUGUCUUAUUGUUUGCAUUGUUUGCCUUAAGUGAUGAUAGAUGAUAUUUAUGGCUGGACCCGUGUAUACAAUUUUCAGCAGCAUUUUUAAUAAAAUAUCACAAUAUUUUCUAAUACAGUGUUUUAUUUAUUGAACAUAC